AGUCGCACCCCCCCGCCCGGCAGCUGAAUGGUCUCGUCCACAGCGCUGAGGAAGAAGCGGUUAAUUUUAAACCCUGAGCGGCUUCGCGUCUCAUUAAAGUUCACGGACUUUUGAGUAAAUCUGGUUUUUUAAUCAGUUCCGGUUGUGUUUCAGUGAUAAGCGUGAUGUGUUUUUCCCGCUUGUGAGCUCACAGACUGGUUCUGGAGGAGUUGGCUGAAUGUGUUGUUUUAGUUAGCAGUUAGCAGCGGCUCUGUUAGUUAGUGGGUAGUUAGCGGGUACUUAGCGGUUAGCUAGCCGCCCAUUAGCGGCCCGUUCCCCGCAGUGCUGGAGCAGGGCCUCUCCCGGCACCCCGGCGAUGUCUGCGGCUGGUCUCCUGGAGCAGGUGGUCCAGUGGAGCCCGGAGGUUUGUCAGCAGCAGCUGAAAGCGGUCCUGCCCAGGCUGCUCUCCAUUCCUCAUAACACUAAUAGCUGGAAUGAGCACAUCAAUGUUCUGCAGAUUAUUGUAGACAUGUUCCUUCCUCAUCUCCCUCUGUCAGAACUUGAGGGAGAAUGUUUCUCUAAAAUCCUACCUAAGGUGGUGGUGAUGUUUACUGGCCUUUUGGAAGAGAUUGCCAAGCAAAUCGGAGACGUGCCUAGCCAGAACGCUGAGCUGCACGCAUUCCUCAGGAACAAUUUGCAGAUGAUGGUGCAGACACUGGAGGCUCUGUCUGCUUGUGUGCGUCACGUGUGUGCUCUCGAUGACGCUACGUCGCUGGACUCCAUCCGCUCUCUGCCCUCGUGUGUCCUCCACAUCUUAAAGGACACCUUCCAGCACUGCAAGGAUAGUGAGGUUGUGUACAGCGGGAGACUGUCACUAGUAGGUGACCUGCUACAGAGCCUCUUCAGAGAAGCCUACUCUCUCCAGAAGUGCCUGAUGGAGCUGCUGGAGAAGAUCAGCCUGGAGACCAGUGCCUCUGAAGAAGAAAUAUCUGAUAUAGUCGCAGUGAUUCACAGUUUGCUGGACAUAUGUUCAGUCAUAUCCAAGCUGGAUAUUGCCCUGCAUGCUAACACAUGGAAAUUCAUCAUCAAGCAAAGUGUGAAGUACCAGUCUCUGGUGGAGGAGCGCUUGCGGCACAGUGACCUCGUUACUUUUUUGUGUGAGGACCUGCUGGCCUCAGUGCAGAACUCUCUAGAGAUGGCCGAGCAGAUGCAGCAGUCAGCUCUGAAGGAAAUAGUGCAGUGCCCUGAAUACAGGGUUUUCCAGAAAACCACGAAGAUGUGCAGGUUUUUUGCCAACACAUUGGUCCAUUACAUAAAGGAAUUUAAUCCAUUUCUUUCGAAGUUCUGUAAUCGUUUUCACCAGCUGUACCUUCAAGUCCUCAGUAAAUUUCCUCCUUGUGCCUCAGCCCCGUCUGUGCCCGUUGGCCUGGUUGAAGAGCUGAGCGGGGUUGUGUUGGUUCCUAUGGAUGCUAUGCUGGCACAGCUUUUACCCAUGAGGUCUUUUGUUGAGUGCGUUCUGACCCCGGCCCAGAAGUACAGUCCGGAGCUCGCACUGCCACAGUGUCUCCUGCUGGUGAGCGUGUUGGAGAAGCUCUGCACCCAGACAGAUGAGACGCUGUGUCUCUGGUAUGAUGGCAGUCAGUUCUCAGAGGAAACACACAGGCUGUCCAUCUUUGAGGCAGUUUUUCUGAGUUUCCGUCAGUGCCUGGUAGAGCGGACUGUUCCUGUACGUUUGCCUGGGGUGAUGAUUCGUGGCCAGGCUCAGGGCACAGUGAGCCUGCACCAGCAUGUAUGCGUACAUCUGUGUGGCUGUGUGGCAGCACUGCCCGCUCGACACUUCCCGAGGCUGGAGCGGUCAUUGUUAGGCGCUGUGCUCCAGUCAGACACCCAGACGGCCGUAUUAGCCACUGACGUCUGGUGCUUCCUGGCACGAUACGGUACGGCUGAGUUAUGUUUGCACCACAUUCUCCUCACAGCUCACCUGAUAAAGUCAUGCCCAAGUGUGAACUAUCAGCUGACUCAUUUGGGUUUACUGCUAAGACGCCUGCUCUUUCUUUUGACUCCAAACCACCAGUUGGAGUUUGUUGAACGCUUCUUGCCUUCUAAGGAUGAGAACUUGUGUGUGUGGAGUCCUGUUUUGCUCAGUAGUCUGUGCUCGGAUGUGCGUGCUCGUGUGGAGAGGGAAGUAUUGAGCAGCGCCCAAGCUGCUCUUGAUGCUUGGCAUAGUGCAGGCUACAGGCUGGGGAACAUACCCACACUGGUACCAAAAGUAAUCGGACAGUUGGCUGCUCAGCUGUUCUAUGACCAGAACAAGGCACUGAGUUGUUUAUUGGUGGUGGUCCGAGGAGAGCCCCUGCAGGCUGAGAGUAUGACUCCUUCACUGAACAUUAUUCAUCAGCUGUGGAAUCGCAUGGAUGCUGCACAGGUUCAGAUCCACCCCUCACUUCAGUGUACCUUGAGGCUGCUUCUGUCCAUUACAGGGAAGUUGAUCAAAAGUAUAGAACCACAGGCCAUAGUUCAGGGAGUUUCUUGUCUCAUUGGCCUGAAUCUGCAGAAGUGCCAAGAUGACUUGGUGCUGGCUGCUUUGGAGUAUUUGGCCUCCAUGGGGAAAGUGUUUGUUCCUUCUGAUAUUCAGUUUCAGGUGCUACCCAGCCUCAGCUGUCUAUUCAGCACUUUACUGAUUCACGAGUCUUGGCUGCUCCAUCAGCACACACUGGAAGCCUUUGCCACCUUUGCUGAGGCCACCAAUCAUGAAGAGAUCAUCUCUCAAAGUCUGACCACAGAGGAGACAAAGAACAAAGUGGUGAACUUCCUCAGUAAAAUCGUCACAGACCAGCAGACUUCAGGGGUCCAUAUAGAGAGGCUGAGGGCUGAGGCAGGUGUGAUGGAAAGACACAAUGACACACUGGAAAGAAGGGAAACGACACCUGCACAAACAUCUGUUGCUGAGCCAUGUGCCAAGCGGCCACGCCAGGAGACCUGUAAACAAGAAGAGUAUGAGCGCUACCUCCAGGCAGCAGAAAGUGCUCUGAGGGCACUACAGGGUGUUGGGGGUGCAGCUUCAUCUCCUCCACAGUGGGUAACAUCAAGACUGCAGGCUUUACAAGCACUGAUCACACAAAUCAGCAGUAACAGUCUCCAUCCCCCCUGAUAAGGAAACAAUGCAACACAGCAGGUUGUCCUGUUUCUCACAGUCCUGGCUAUUUCACUUCAGUUUCAGCUGUACACAAACAAUGCACCUGGGUAUUUGGGCAAGAAUAUGUUUUUAAAAUGUUUUUUAAUAUGAAUUUAAUCUCUCUAUACUAUUUGUACAUUAAAUGUAUACCUCACUUAA